GCAAUUACCGUGUGUAGGAACUGAACUAUUUAAGGAUCUGGAUAAAACUUAGUAUACGCUUCCAAACAAUUAACUCCAAAGUCCAUGUACAUAUGAAACGGACAAGAGGCCCACGCUGACCCUGUAGCAGGCGGUUAACAGAUCAUUUCAUCAUGGACUUCUCCGUUCUAAUACUUGGUACUGUAUUUUUCAUCCUCUUGCUGUGGAAGGGCAGUGCCAUAGUCAGAACACAUAGAGUAAACAGUGCCUUAUUUUCAUCUGGGAACUUUUUGUCAAUUGGAAAGCGUCAUCCAAUCUGGGGACAUCUUCACUUGAUGCCAGAUUUUAUAGACUACAUCCGCCUUGUGAACAAUGGUAUCAAAGAGACCGGAAAGAGGGUUUCCGGUAUGUGGAUAAUGUUUUUCUACCCUGUAUUUUCCUUGUGUCAUCCCGAGACUGCCAAGGUCGUUCUGAAGACAGCCGAACCUAAACCCGUGCAGACAGGCGGUGGCUAUUUUGCGUUUAUACCAUGGUUAGGAAAUGGUUUGCUGUUGAACUCAGGAAAACAAUGGGAGAGAAAUAGACGUCUUCUAAACCCGGCCUUCCAUAUCGAUGUUCUGAAAACAUAUGUUGCCACUUUCAACAAAGUUUUCGAUACCUUUUUGACAAACCUGGAGAAGGCUGCGUCCGGGGGUAAAGGUGUGGAGCUCAGUGAUCCGGCGGGGAAGGCCGCUCUGGACACAGUGCUGAGAUGCGCAUUCUCAUUUGAUGAAAAUAUACAAACCGAAGGUUCAACUCAUCCGUACGUGACAGCUGUCAGGAAUAUCACCACUCUAGCAGGUGCGCGAAUGCUGAAACCAUGGCUGUAUCCAGAAGUAUUUUUUCGACUCUCCGCUGACGGAAAGAAAUUCUUUCAGCAUGUAAAAUAUGUACAUGACUUUGAUGAAAUGGUCAUCUCAGAACGAAGAAAAGCCUUGGCGGCUGAGGAUUCCUUGGUAACUAAGCGCCGACCAGACUUCCUGGACAUUCUGCUGACCGCCAGAGAUGAGCAGGGCGAGGGGCUGACCGACCGUGAGGUCAGGGACGAGGUCGAUACCUUCCUGUUUGGCGGUCAUGAUACCACAGCGGCCGCUAUCAGCUGGACGUUGUAUUUGUGUUCCAAAUAUCCGGAUGAACAAGAGAAAGUCUUCGAUGAAGUACAGAAGGUGAUCGGCGACAAGUCAAAUGUGGAAUGGUCUGAUAUCCAAGAAAUGACAAGGCUGUCACUGUUUCUGAAGGAGUCGAUGAGAAUACACGCCCCUGUCGGUGUGAUUGCUAGAAUAACUACAAUGGAGCAUACGAUAGAUGGAAUGACACUUCCUGCAAAUAGUGAGGUUAACAUUCUUAUAGAGUCCAUCAACCAUCGCGAGGACAUCUGGACAGAUCCUGAGACAUUUCGACCGGACAGGUUUUCCGAAGAUUCAGACAGAAAUCCUUUUAGUUUUGUACCGUUUUCAGCCGGGCCAAGAAAUUGCAUAGGACAAAACUUUGCACUGAAUGAAAUAAAGGUGGCCAUUGCACAGAUUAUCAAACGAUUUAAGAUCUUGCCUGAUCUAGAUCAUGAGACCGUCCCACAACCGGGAGCCGUUCUCCGGUCCAAAAGUGGCGUAUGGGUGAAACUGGAGCAACGGAAAUAAUAUCAAGUGUGGAUUAAAUCAGUUAUUUGGCAGAUAUCUUAUGAUAUCGAUAUUUGUAUAAUUGGCAGUGAUUUCACAGCAAUUGCGGUUUAAAGUUGAUACUUGUGGACACAAAGUAAUUAAACCUAGGUUAUAAUGCAUGUAACAUUAUAUUUGAAUAGCACCACAAUAAGUCAAAACGUGUUAUAUAUAACGUCACAGUAAUUGUUCCCGUGUUGCCGUAUUUCUAUUUGUUUCGGAAGGAUGAACGUACAUGUCAUUGCAUCUAUAAACUUGUGAAUAUAUCCAGCUUGCUAAAAACAUAUCGUACUACACCAUGAAGCUGUUUCAUCCUUCAAUGACUUAUCGGUGAAGUUAAAGGCCAAAAUGUGGAAACACACUUUCGACAUGGACUUUCAUUCGUUUGACUUUUACUAUUAUUAAUGAGUCCUUAAUAGAGGAAAUGACUACGUGAAGCAUUUCAUCAUCUUCACCAUUAAUACGGAACAAAUCUAUGUUUUUCUGAUUAGAAAUUGAGAGACUGAGUUCAAAAGAUAUUCGUAUCUGUAAAGAAUCUUUUGUGUUGUGUUUGCAUUUCUAAAUCAAUGUAUCCAGUGCGUUCUAUUUUGCUCAAAAUAAUGUAAUUUCGUCAUCAGCGUCGUUACUAAUUUUUUUACUAACUAAAACCAUGACGCCCAUGAAACGUAUACAUGAUGCUGGUGUUGUCCUUUGGUAUUUAGAGGUGGUCAUAUGAUACAUAUUUUACAUUAUUGUGGCGUACAAUGUUGUUUAGAAUUUUAAUAUAAUUAGGAAUAAGGCAAAUCGAAUUAACUUCAGACAAGUACAUGCAUAUGAUAAAUGAAGUAACUUAGCAUCUUGCAUAAGAUCAAUCAAUUUAGAUAUGAACGCGUUCAAGUAUAUACAUUUGUAUAUGUUCAUGAAAGCAUAGUGGUACAUUUGUUCACAAUUUUUAUAUAUACUUAGGAUACUUUUCGACUCCAGUUCAUCUUCGCUGCCUGUGAAACCCGUUUUUAAUCAAGUACCAUAAUGAUACAUGUAGGUGUUGUCGAAAUAAUUUACAAAAUUAUAAAAGUAUGCCAUAAAAUCAAACACAAUAGGAUGUUGAUGUUAUAAUAAA